CACCUGUCGCCAGCCCGCCCCUCCCUCGCAAGUUUUACAUUAGUACUAUUGCACCAGGACUGCGAUUACGUGAGAGUGAGAAGCUGUUAGAUGGCACAGCAGUAAUUACGACAUUCAGACUGUUGUUUGUGGCUGACAUUGUGCUGGAGGGAAAGCGGAAGAGUGUGAAAUUGACAAUUGGUGUUUGGAGUCCUUUGCUUCCAUAUUGUGGAGAGAAAGGGGGGAACAUUAAGCCUGCACGGACAUACAGGUUGUCCAAAGCGAACGGGAACCUCAAAUAGGUGCGCGCAGAGACGGACACUGCGGAGCUGCCAGAGCCCCGGGUUGCGGCCCGACCAUGGCGGAACCGCGGAUGCUAGGCCGGUACCAGCAGGGAGCGGACGAAGACGUGCCAGUUAGCUCCGCCAGGUUGGAGCCCAGCACCCUACAGUGGCCCGGAGACAAGGAGAUAAGGAAGGAGGGGGCGAAAUUAGGUUUGACCAGGCAGAAAUGCAGAGCGGGAGAAGGGAUAGGGAGCCAGGUGGAGGGAGGGAAGGGCAGCGCGGAAUCAAUGUCGUCGUCACGGAGAGGCCCGGGAAGUCGGACGGAGAGCGAGCUGGGAGGGAGAGGGAGCAGGAUGGAGGGACGCUGGGCGGAGGUGGAGAAAGCGAAGGAGGCGGAGGCGAACGGCAAAGGGCCACUAGACCACUUCAUGAUCGACGAGCGCGACUCUGCCAACUGGAUGCCGGAGAAGGCCGCCCAGGUUUUCAGCCCCAACGUGACGAUUCUGCGCCCCUCCAUGAAGUACAAGGACGCGGCAGAAAGCGCGGCCUUCAGGGCGGGCGAGAUUGAGAAAAACCCCUUGCUUAGCCCCCAAGGCACCCCACCAGACGCCUAUUAUGAUUGGUCAACAAACUCCAACACAUCGAAAUGUUCCUGCUUUGACUGGGACGUCCUGAAGCUCGGGGCGUUCGUCCUGGCGGCGGCCGUCUCCUUCCCCUUCCUGGUGUGGGGCGCGUACGCCUUCCUGCCCUUCGACGCCCCGCUGCUCAGCACCGCCCCCCUUAGGCUGAUCUACACACUGCGCUGUUCCGUCUUCGCCACCGUGCCCAUUGUGCUGGGUGUGCUGGUUCUGGGGGUGUCCCGGCUCCGGUUCAGCUCGUCAAAGCCUCUGUACGACGGGGGGGCGCAGAACCGGGAGGUGAGCGUCCACUGGCGCUACGCCAGCGACUCGCUCUCCCUCUUCCUGCUCUACUUCCUGCAGCUGGCCAUCAUGGCCACCUACGUCAGCCAGGACCUGCUGAAGCUGGUGCCCCUGCUGACCGUCGUCUUCGCCUUCGGCAGGCUGGUGUACUGGGUGUCUGUUGCCCUGGGGAGUCCUGUCAGGGGCCUGGGGUUCGGCCUGUCCUUCUUGCCCAUUCUACCCAUGCUGGGGGCCAACCUCUACUUCAUCUUCACCCUGGAGGGAGGGGGCGGGCUCCUGGCCGUGGAGCCCCCGCCCACACCCGCGCCCCCCCGCAUGCGGUUCUGGGGGUGAGAGGCGGGGCUGCGUUUCCUUUCGGGCCGGCGGCCAGGCCUCGAACGGGACCUGGGGGCGCUGGGACUUCUUCUCUGAACGUGACUGGCACCUCCCAGUAGAACACUGGUUUGAAGGAAACAGGCUCAAUUGUAGCAUUGAGAACACUGCAGUGAAAUCCCUUCCAUACUGUCAGAUACUGCCUUCCCCACCAAGAAGACAGCUUUAUGUUUCCUUCACAUCUGAUACUCAACAGAACUGGAACAGCUCUACGUUUCCUCCACAGCUGAAACUCAGCAGAACUGGAACAGCUCUACGUUUCCUCCACAUCUGAAACUCAGCAGAACUGGAACAGCUCUAUGUUUCCAACACAGCCAGUUGUGAUUUGCGGUUUGCAUAUGAGCAAAAACAGUCAUGUCAGGCCCCACCCCCAAGACUGUGAUUCAUAGGAGACAGGAGGCAAAGAGACUGUACUAGUUUGUCUAGUUUUGUUCUGUUUCUUUCAUUCUGAAGUAGGGCCUUGGACAAGCCCAUGUUUGUCUUGACUGUACGAGAACAAAACGCACUGUAGGGUGAAAGCUUUGGUCUAUACACUAACUACAGGAGACCAGGACUGUUUUGUACUAUUAGUAUUUUAUGCACUAUAGUUUACUGCAGUCUUCGGUUUACAUGUCUGUGCCUAUUUUAAUUUUUAAAAUCAUGUACACUGUCAGAUUUCGGUUCCAUUUCCAGUGACUGAUGGUGAAAUUGUACUCUUACCCAUUAGCUAGAAUUAUGGUACAUGUAUGGUAAAAUAGUAUUAGCUAUUGAUUUAUGCACUCUUUGACGACUUUCCCUUCUGAUCAAUUGACCACUAAUUAUGUUUUUGAAUGCUUGAACACUUUUCAAAUGUUAUAUUUUAUAGUGGGGGGGGGGAGACCCAUGGUGCCUGAAAAUUAAUAGUUAUUAAAAUUGCAAAAUGAAUAUGG